CACAGCCCCGUGGAGCCCGGGCUCUCAUUCACAGCUUUCUAGAGAAAUCUGAGCUCGAACCUGCCAGAAUAGGGGAAUCUCACCACCCCGUUCAGCCGCGAGGACACCUGCAGAAACACAUUCCCAAAGCAAGGCUGGGCGGCUUAUGUGAAGUAAGCAAUGGCCUCGGUUUUGCUUCUCUUUUGGAUGGACACCACCUCAUAGGGCCUGAAUGUCCAACUGUUUUCCAGGAGCAGAAAGAAGACUCUGUAUUUGUCUGUUUCAGUGGCAGUCUGGUGGUAGGAAAAUUAUUGAAUGAGCCACGGUGUCAGCACAUCAUCAGGUGAAUGGGACCAGUCUCUCUUAUUCCAAAAUACCAGAAAUUAAGCACUUGGAAAGGAGAUUUGAACAAGAUGACCCAUUUGCAAGCUGGACUCAGUCCAGAGACUAUAGAGAAAGCUCGCCUGGAACUGAAUGAAAAUCCGGAUGUUUUACACCAGGAUAUUCAGCAAGUCAGGGACAUGAUCAUCACCAGGCCUGACAUUGGAUUUUUACGUACAGAUGACGCCUUUAUCCUGAGAUUUCUCCGAGCCAGGAAGUUUCACCAAGCGGAUGCCUUUAGACUCCUGGCCCAGUACUUUCAGUACCGCCAACUAAAUCUGGACAUGUUCAAAAACUUCAAGGCAGAUGAUCCUGGCAUUAAGAGGGCUCUGAUUGAUGGGUUCCCUGGAGUGUUGGAAAACCGUGACCACUAUGGAAGGAAGAUUCUUCUGCUGUUUGCUGCCAAUUGGGAUCAGAGUAGGAACUCCUUUACAGACAUCCUCCGUGCCAUCCUGCUAUCAUUGGAAGUCCUUAUUGAAGAUCCAGAGCUUCAGAUAAAUGGCUUCAUUUUAAUCAUAGACUGGAGUAAUUUUUCCUUCAAACAAGCCUCCAAGCUGACACCUUCAAUCCUCAAACUGGCCAUUGAAGGGCUGCAGGACAGCUUUCCUGCCCGCUUUGGAGGAGUCCAUUUUGUCAACCAGCCCUGGUACAUUCACGCCCUGUACACGCUCAUCAAGCCAUUCCUUAAAGACAAGACCAGGAAACGGAUUUUCCUGCAUGGAAACAAUUUAAAUAGCCUUCACCAGCUAAUCCACCCUGAGUUCUUGCCCUCUGAAUUUGGAGGAACCUUGCCUCCUUAUGACAUGGGAACUUGGGCUCGGACGUUACUUGGUCCUGACUACAGUGAUGAAAAUGACUAUACUCACACUUCCUAUAAUGCAAUGCACGUCAAACAUACAUCCUCCAACCUAGAGAGAGAAUGCUCGCCCAAACCCAUGAAAAGAUCUCAGUCUGUGGUAGAAGCUGGGACGCUGAAACAUGAGGAGAAGGGAGAGAAUGAGAACACUCAGCCACUCUUGGCUCUGGACUGAACCCCAAGUCACCCCGAUGCUCCUGCACACCGGCCUUCAGUGCUAUCAGCUACCCAGGAAGCACACGCGCAAAUGACCCACAUGGACGUGCAUCCGGCUCGACACGAGGUCCUCCACUCUUGACCCCAGAGAUGACUGUCACCAGCCAAGGGUCUGAGCAGCCAAAGUUGGACCAGGAGUUGAGAGUGGCUUUUUUUUUUUAAUUUUUAUUUAUUUAUUUUUUAAAUAAGGGGAUUGGAGGAUGAAGCAAGGCUUUUGGUUUUUAUGGAAAAAAAAAUUCUCUCUCCCCACAUAUUUAAGGUAUUAAAUGAAUUUAGAAAAGUGAAAAACUAAAUUUGAUUUACACACUGCAUUAGGACAAUGAUUUUUCUGAGGAAUCACACAGGAAUCUUCAGUUUUUUCAACUGAAUAUAUCAGUGUCAAACUGUGCAGACAUGAGUAUCAAGAUUAAUGCAAUGCAGAGCCCUGAGACAACAGUAUCUCCACUAAUUUCCAUUCUUAUUGAAUUAUUUUCUUUGACUUCCUAACCAGCAUCAAAUUGCUAAGCCUAAGAGCACAUUCUCAUAGGUCUGACUAUUUGCAAAGUUUUCUUAUUUCUACAUGCUACAAAAAAUGAUUUCAAUUUCAUAUCUUUUUGUCAGGUUACCAGCUGUAUAAUGUGAGCUGACUUCAAGGAUGACACAUGCAGUUUGAAAUAUGAUUAUUUCAUCUUAGCAAUGUGAUGUACCACAGGCAUCCUGAGAACCUAUUAACCCAGAAUGUGUCUGCAGAGAGCAGGGGUCUCUUUGAAAAAAACAUAUCAUUGAUUAAUAAAUCCAUUCAAAUUGGUUCACUUGGGCAACUACAGCAAAGAAAUGUGCCACCAAACCAUUUAAACCCCCAUCCUCCUGCAACCAUUCAAGGUAUGGAGAAAUGGUCCAGCCAUUGCUGAAUGGGUAGCUAUCCAAUCAUGGAUGGCUAAAUAUGCAAGUACUGAGAUAAGAGAAGACCAGAAAUGCAGGAUGAAAUGCCAAAGAUAAUUUUAUUUCUUUAUCUCUUCUCCAUAGAAAUGGAAUCCCCAACUACCCAUUCAAAGGAAAUCAGAUAUAAAAUGAACAGAUAUCAUAGAAUAUGAUAUCCUUAUUUGUGCCAUGUUUUACAACACCAGUUGUAUAUUUUUAGAUCUCUCUGAUUUGAUCUGCAUGACAUUGGCAUUAAUUAGUAGGUCAAGUUAAUGCUCAGUGUCAAAUAAAAAUAUUUUAGUUGAUAAUGGGCAAGUGAAAUAAUUUUGCAUUUUAAAUAUCUGGGAAAUAUUUGGGAGGGUGGAUUUGUUAGCUGAACAAUUCAAAGGAGAGGUGAGCAAUUCAGCUGGCCAUAAUCACUCCCAAUAGAUACUGUUAAUUGUAACCAUGUAUUACACUCUUUCUCAAUGGAUCUAAUGUUUUAAUUUUUUUCUACUGAGAGAAAAUAAUAACAAGUCACUUUUAUAUUUCACCCUUGAAGAAGAAAUAAAAUUAAAUCAAUUAAAAAUGUCUUAAUUGUAUCACAGCAUAAAUAAAACCUACUCAUUUUGUGUAGACAUUUCAAAUCCAAAAUAAUAACAUUAAAAUAAUUCUAUUAAUGCAGUGGCUGAAAUACUUUUCUUAUGUUCCAACAUACAGGCAAGGGAAAGGAAGAACUGAAAUGAUGAAAAAGUCCAUUUUAUUGCUUGGGUUUAUAAAACAGAUGUGGGAUACAAAUAUUAAAAAGGCUAUUGGAGUCAGUUAUUGACAGUCUUUUGCAAUAGUACUACUACUUCUGGCUUUUCAUUUGGAAAUAUUUAGAAUCCUAUUGUAGUGACCCGAUUUUAAAUACCACAUUAUAUUUGCAAGUUAAGAGUUAGUUUUUACUCUUUUCCACAAUUUUAUUAAAUGAAUGUAAGAUGAUGGUUCAACAAAUGAGAACUUAUGGUUUGAAUUUCUUUAUGUGUAUGCAAUAUACAUAGGAAACCAAAUUCAAUAAGUGACAUGAAUGUUACUACAUGAACACUGAAUUGUAUUGCCCUUUGUCAGUCAUUUCCUCUGUUUAAUAAAUACUGAAGAACACAAAUGCCUUUUUAUUUUUGUAAUUUUGAUAG